GCAACAAAAUUACCAUCAUCAAUAAUGGAUGAAAAAACUAAUAAUGAUGAUGAAACGGAAACCAAAACUGUGAUGAAAAAUAAAGAAAAAUUAGCGAUAAAGAAAAAUCGUCGUUCAUCAUCAAUAGUACCACCAAGAAUACCAUAUAGAACAAUAUUCAAACCAGAUUCGAUUAAUAAUAUUUAUCUGGGUAAUUUACCAAUUGAAGCAAAAAUUAUUAAUUAUGAAGAAACAUCAUUCAUAUUUUCACCAUAUAUCUAUCAUAUUGAAUUAAAUCAUGGACAUUUUAAUUGGAUUAUUAAACGUCGUUUUAAUCAAUUUCGUCAGCUACAUAAUCAGAUUCGAAUGUUUUAUACAAAAUUAGCUAUUCCAUUACCAACCGAAAAUAGCCGUCAGAAUCGUAAAAUUCUUGAACGUUUUGGUGAAAUUGAAUGGCCAAAAUUUCCUUUUUUACCCGAAAUGUUUUAUAUUGCCGAUGGUAUUAGCCGUCGUAUUAAAAUUCUUGAAGAUUAUCUUCGAUUUUUACUUGGACUUUCAUUAUUUCGUCAUCAUCCAUCAUUAUUACAAUUUUUAUCGAUUAGUCCAUAUUCAUUUAUUGAAGAUCUUGGUUUAAAAGGUGAAGAAAUUUUAGUAAAAAAACGUGCCGGUGGUUUUCGUUCGGCAACAUAUUGUGUUCGUAUUGAAAAUUUUUUCACCGAUCUUACUGGUCAUUGGCGUAAACGAUGGCUAGUCGUCAAGGAUACAUGUUUAUUUUAUCUAGAACCUCAUGAUAAAAAAAUUCAUUAUGUAAUGUUAUUUGAUCCAGAUUUUUAUGCUGAUUCUGGUAUCAAAGAAACUGGUAUUACAUUUGGUGUACGUAUACGUAAUAUGUCUCGACAGCUUGUAAUGAAAUGUUUUACUGCAAAACAAGCAAAAGAAUUAGCUGAUUAUUUGAAUGAAUAUUCUCGAAUUAAUGCCAAAGAAUUUGUACAACGUAAUCGUUUUGGUUCGUAUGUUCCGGUACGAAAAUCUAUACAUAGUCAAUGGUUUGUUGAUGGUUGUGCUUAUUUUGAAGCUGUAUCACAAGCAAUGGAUAUGGCUAAAGAAGAAAUUUUUAUUACUGAUUGGUGGUUAUCACCUGAAAUUUAUCUACAAAGACCUAGUCUUGGUUUAGAUUGGCGCCUGGAUCGUUUGUUAUGGAAAAAAGCAUGUUCCGGUGUAAGAAUAUUUAUAUUACUGUAUAAAGAAAUGGAAAUUGGUAUCAGUAUUAAUUCAAUUUAUACAAAACGUACAUUAAUGAAAAUGCAUGAAAAUAUUGCCGUAUUAAGACAUCCAGAUGCUGUACGUGGUGGACCAUUAUUAUGGUCACAUCAUGAAAAAUUAGUUAUUAUUGAUCAACAGGUUGCAUUUGUUGGCGGUAUUGAUCUUUGUUUUGGUCGUUGGGAUAAUUUUGAACAUCUUCUCAUUGAUCAAGGUGGAAUUUUUUUCAAAACACAACCAAAUGACAUUAUUCGUAAUUCAACAAGACCUAAUGGUUUAUUAUAUCGUUCAAUAUCACAACCAUUUUUAGCUGAUAUUUCUUUAGAAACAUCUGAUAAUAAUUCUCCCAUUUCCAAAGAAACGAUUCCUACUGCUGGUAAUGGUGGUGGUAAAUUUCGAAAAAAACGUUCUAUAACUACUAAUGCUGUUUCCAUAGCGAAUAAUGAUAAACAAAAUGGACCAAUAAAGAUGGUUGGUGAUGAUACCAUUGAAACAAGAUCGGUGGCCGAUAUUGAAGAAAUUCUUAUUGAAAAUGAAAACAUAAGCAGACGUUCAUCAUCAUCGUCAUCAACAGUGGACAAUGAUGGAGAUGAUGAUGAUGCGGAUUAUGAUGAAAUCGAUGAAGAACAACAAGUAAAAAAAGUUAUUUCACAACAGAUGAAAGGAAAUUUUUUCUCAAAAAAUCGAAUUACAAGAAAAUUACGUGCAAAACAAACACGUGCAAUGACACGUCUUCGACGUAUUCGGCGACGAAUUAGACGUCGUGUACGUACAUCUAAAGCUGAAGAAAUAUCAAUCAUAUCAACCGAUGAAGAUAGUAAUGUAGAAAUAACACCGGAUUUUUUUAAACAAAGUAUACCACGUGUACAGAAUAACAAUGAUGAUGUUUCAUAUGAUGAAUUGGAAGGUGCAGCUAAAUUAUGGAUCGGAAAAGAUUAUACAAAUUUUAUUGUCAAAGAUUUUACUCAUUUAAAUAUGCCAUUUCAAGAUUCGAUUGAUCGUAAUACGACACCAAGAAUGCCAUGGCAUGAUGUUUCUUGUGUUGUGAUCGGUGAUGCAGCACGUGAUGUUGCACGUCAUUUUAUCGAACGUUGGAAUCAUACAAAAUUUUCAAAAGCAAAAUUUAAAGAACGAUAUCCAUGGUUAAUACCGAAAACUUAUCGAAAAAAUUUGUUGAUUACGACGAAUGCCAAUGUAACUGAUGGUCAAAUAGAAAUGGAUCAAAUACCACCUUAUUUAACUCGGGCUCAUCGUGUUCGUUGUCAAACUGUAAGUUCAAAUUUUUUUCGAAUUUUAAUAAUUUUUUUGUUUCCUUCCCCCAAAAAAAAGUUACGUUCGGUUAGUUCAUGGUCGAUCGGUAAUCGACAAACGGAAGCAUCAAUUGUUGAUGCAUACAUCGAAGUGAUCAAUCAGGCUGAACAUUAUAUUUAUAUUGAAAAUCAAUUUUUUAUUUCACAAACAAAAACUCAUCUUGAAUAUACAGAUCUCGUUAAGAAUCGAAUAGCGGAAGCCCUUUACCGGCGUAUAUUACGUGCCUUUCGUAAUGGUCAUACAUUUCGUGUAUUCAUACUCAUUCCAUUGUUGCCAGCGUUUGAAGGUGAAGUUGGCACCAGUAGCGGUACAGCAAUUCAACAAAUUAUGCAUUAUAAUUAUUCAACAAUUUGUAAAGGUUAUGAUUCAUUAAUGGCAAAAUUAAGUUUAGAAAUUGAUGAUCCAAGUCAAUAUAUUGGUUUCUAUAGCCUUCGAAAUCAUACCAAAUUGAAUGGACGAUUAGUCACCGAAUUGAUCUAUAUUCAUAGCAAAAUUCUUAUAGCAGAUGAUAAAAUCAGUAUUAUUGGUUCGGCCAACAUUAACGAUCGUUCAAUGUUGGGUAAUCGUGAUUCAGAAGUAUGUGUAAUUAUUGAAGAUGAAGAAUAUGAUUUCUUUUUUAUGAAUGAAAAACCAUAUAAAUCGGGAAAAUUUUCCGGUUCAUUGCGACGAAUGUUAAUGCGUGAACAUCUUGGUAUAUAUAAGGAAAACAAAGAAGAUAUGCUCAAAAUGACCGAUCUGGUUAAUGAUCCGAUUUCCGAUCAAUUUUGGAAUAAAAUUUGGAAUGCCCGAGCAAAAGAAAAUACUGAAAUUUAUGAAAAAGUAUUUCCGAUUAUACCUACGGAUGAUGUAAGAAAAUUAUCUGAUAUAAAUAUCUACUUAGGAAGAGAAAAACUAUAUAAAACAGAUCAAACAAAAGCUGAAGAAAUGCUUUCAUUAAUCAAAGGUCAUCUAGUCAUGUUACCAUUACAAUUUCUUUGUGAAGAAUUACAAAUCAUUUAUAGUGCACAGGAUCGUUUUAUUCCACAGAUUAUUUGGACUUGAAAAAUGAAUGAAAACGCAAACAAUGACAAAAUCAAACGAUAAUUUCAAAAUUUCCGAAUCACCGUAAUUU